AUUUCCAGCACAACCAGACUUAUCUCUCCAGAUUAGCCUUCCCAACACUAAACCCACUUCAACAACUUGGGCAGCAUCAACAACUAAGCAAGAUCAUCAUGAUUUGGAUUUAGGGAAUUUCUGGAAGAGUACUUUGAACUCACAACAACACCAUACAAGACCUGAACCCUCCUCCGGGCUAAACUUACCCCAUCCAACACAUUCCACCAAUCCAGACAUUAACCAUCUUCACCACCUCCUCUCCCACCAAAAUAUCAACAGAACAAAUCUCACCGAUCAAAACCAUCAUCAUCUGGGGUUCAGAUCAGAGCUAGGGUUCUUGAGACCUAUAAAAGGGGUUCCUGUUUAUUACCAUAACACCAAUCUUCCUAAGAUCACAGUACUAUCUCAUAAUCAACAUCAGCCUUUUCUAGAUUCUUUUUGCACCGGUAGUACUACUGCGCCUACUAGUAAUACACCUUCUUCUCUAAUUCAUCCCAAUAAUAUUGCCCAGUCAAGAUUCUUGUCUACGAGGAUUUCCUCCAAACGAAGCAUGAGAGCUCCGAGGAUGCGGUGGACCACAACCCUUCAUGCUCGGUUUGUCCAUGCUGUUGAGCUCUUGGGUGGCCAUGAAAGAGCAACACCCAAGUCAGUCCUUGAGCUAAUGGAUGUUAAGGAUCUCACAUUAGCACAUGUUAAAUCUCACUUGCAGAUGUAUAGAACCAUUAAAACAACUGACAAAGCACCAGCUUCUUCGGGCCAAUCGGAUUAUCUUGAACAUGGAUUAUCGGGGGAUACUUCCGAUGAUAUAUUGCUAGAAAUUCAAAACUUAAAGAGAACAAACUCAUCAGCUGAACGUAAAGGAAGAUCUAUGGUUCAUCCAGAAGAAGAUAAUCAGUGUGGACUUUGGAGCAAUUCUUCAAGCAGGGAAGCUUGGCUGCAUGGCAAACAUAAAGAUUCUCAAAUAAAUAUACCAACUCUUAAGAAGGAAAUUAUAAAGGGCAUGAUCAACUAUGAGAGGCUAUCAGAAGCGAACUCAUCACGAAUGAAACCGAAUCUCGAGUUCACUUUGGGAAGGCCACAGUGACAUGAUGCAUGCUGAUGGUACGUGGUGGCGAUGAUGAUGAUGAUGAUGAUGAUACAAUACAUAUCGAUUUUACGUACUAUUCAUUUCAAAAUCAUUAUGAUUUUGAAUAGUUGCUAGCGAACAAGAUUCAGGUCCCCACUGAAAAUCAGAAAGAAAAAGAAAAAGGAAAGAGAUGAGUAAAGCCAGAAAGCAACAAAAGGGAGGAGGUUUUGAUAAGCAUGUCCUUCCUAUCAAAUUUGUGAUCAUCAUUUAAUAUAUUAUACCUCUUCGUUAUCUAUUUUCGUUAUGCAAGAAUAUAAAGUCCAGUAAUUAAUCUUUUCUCUUUCUUGCAUGAGAGAGAGAGAGAGAGA